AUGGCUUCGGGAAAUGCCAAGAUUGAGUUCCCAGCCCCCAUUUUCCAUGCUACAGCUGUUAUGCCAGAUCAGCAGUUCAAAGACAUCAGCCUCUCCAACUACAAAGGAAAAUAUGUUGUGUUGUUCUUUUACCCCUUGGGCUUCAUUUUUAUGUGCCCCACAGAGAUUAUUGCAUUCAGUGAUCGAGCUGAAGAAUUUAAAAAACUCAACUGCCAAGUGAUUGGUGCAUCAGUGGACUCGCACUUCUGUUACCUUGCCUGGGUCAACACGGUCAAGAAGGGUGGACUGGGAGCCUGGAACAUCCCAUUGAUGUCUGACCCCAAACACACCAUUUGUCAAGAUUAUGGGGUCUUGAAGGCAGAUGAGGGAAUCUCAUUCAGGGGUCUCUUCAUCAUUGAUGAUAAUGGCAUCCUUCGCCAGAUCACCAUCAAUGACCUUCCUGUGGGCCGCUCUGUAGAUGAAGCACUGUGGCUUGUCCAGGCUUUCCAGUUCACAGACAAGUAUGGUGAAGUGUGA